UCUGUAUCUCUUUCUCCAUUGAUCCAACCCAAACAAACAAGAACCAGAGAAAACGCAGAUUCUGAUCGCGAUUGAAAAACUCGAUUCACCUCACUGAAUUGAACGAUAAUGAGAAGAACAAUCACGGGAAUCAGCAGCUGAAUCCAGUGUUCGCGUUUGAUCAGAAAGAAGCAGCCAUGAGUGAAGCAGGUGACAGCGCACCAUUCUUGCAAAACGCAGAUUCAGGCGAUGUCAAAAGAACCGGGACGGUAUGGACUGCGGUGGCGCACAUAGUGACAGGUGUGAUUGGUUCAGGAGUGUUGUCUCUGGCAUGGAGCAUUGCUCAGAUUGGAUGGAUCGGAGGACCAUUGGCGAUUCUUCUCUUUGCUUCCAUUACUCUCUUCUCUGCUUUUCUUCUCAGUGAUACCUAUCGUUCUCCUUGCCCUGAAUUUGGCCCUAAUCGGAGUUCAUCCUACCUUGAUGCUGUUAAUUUGCAUAAAGGAGUAGGGAGUGGACGCGCCUCUGCUGUUUUUGUGAAUGUGAGCUUAUAUGGGUUUGGAAUUGCCUAUGUCAUUACCGCAGCCAUUAGCAUGAGAUCAAUCCAAAAAUCAAGCUGUUACCAAGACAAAGAGAAUGGAUCAGCAUGUGAUUUUUCAGAAGGAUAUUUCAUGCUUAUUUUUGGGGCUAUCCAAGUUGUUCUCUCACAGAUACCCAACUUCCACGACAUUGAAUGGCUGUCAAUUGUCGCAGCAAUUAUGUCCUUUGCUUAUGCUUUCAUAGGAAUGGGACUUGCCAUCACGCAAGUCAAAGAAAAGGGACAUAUUGAGGGUAGCAUUCAUGGAAUUACUACUGCCAGUGGAACUGACAAAGUAUGGCUGGUUGCUCAAGCUCUUGGUGACAUAGCAUUCUCCUAUCCAUUCUCAGUAAUUCUUAUAGAAAUACAGGACACUUUGAAGUCACCUCCACCAGAAAACAUAACCAUGAGGAAGGCCUCAACAAUAUCAGUCUUUGUCACAACAAUUUUCUACCUGUUAUGUGGGUGCUUUGGUUAUGCAGCCUUUGGUGACGAUACACCAGGAAACCUUUUAUCAGGGUUUGCAGCCUAUAAGCUUCAUUGGCUUGUAGACUUUGCCAAUGCUUGUAUAGUGAUCCACCUAGUUGGUGCAUAUCAGGUGUAUAGCCAGCCACUUUUUGCAAAUGUUGAGAGCUGGCUCCGUUUCAAGUUCCCAGACAGUGAAUUUGUGAACCACACAUACCUCUUGAAACUCCCAGUGCUCCCAGAUCUUCAACUAAAUCUUCUCAGGCUUACUUUCCGGACCGCAUAUGUUGCAUCAACGACCUUGAUUGCAAUGCUCUUUCCCUACUUCAAUCAGAUUUUGGGAGUUUUGGCAGGCAUAAUCUACUAUCCAUUAACCAUAUACUUCCCAGUAGAAAUGUACUUGAGUCAGGGCAAUAUUCAAGCAUGGACAGGCAAGUGGGUCAUGCUUAGGACUUUUAGCAUCGUUGGCUUUAUGGUUGGAUUGUUCACUCUCAUUGGAUCCAUUGAAGGGAUAGUAAGUGCAAAACUAGGCUGAGAAGCUUCAAAGCCUUUCUCCCAGAAUUGCAAGUUGAAACUAAGGAACCAGACUAUGGAUGGUAGCAUUUUUCUACCCUUACAUUGAAACCAGUAUUAAACAUAGGCAUUAGCUGAUUAGGUACCCCUUUUUUGAGCACUCACAUAAAGAGUUAUGCCUGGAACAUUAAUGAGUUCAAAGUUUUUUUCUGUUAUGUCUAUUCAGGUCUUAUAAGACUGUUGCAGGAAGAUGUGAUUGGAGCUUAAAAUUGCAUUUGUUUCUUAGAAUAUGUUGAGAAACUAGUUAGUUUCAUCUCUGUAAAACUGAAAAGUAGUUGUUGAGAUGCAAAUUGUUGCCAUGGAAGCAUAACAAAGUUGAGCAGGUCCGACUUUUGAAGGUGGAAGAAUAACUUGAGUUCACUUCUGGCUUAAGACCUGGGGCAGGGGUUCUCUACCUGAAUAAAUGAACUACACAUACACUUCCACUUUCACUUACAAUGUUGCUAAAAAUCUCAGUACUAUAUGACCUUUUCACGGUUUUUUCUUUUCAUUUUU